AUGUCACCUUCUUGGGUUCGUGGUACUUGCGUCGGAAGAGGCUGUUUCGGAGCAGUUAGCACGGCGGUCAACAAAACCGACGGUGGAGUUUUCGCCGUGAAAUCUGUUGAUCUCGACACGUGUCUCCCUACUCAAUCGGAGUCUCUCGAAAACGAAAUCUCCAUCCUCUGUUCGCUCAAGCCUCACCCUUAUAUCGUACGGUUCCUCGGAGACUCUUACUCGAAAGAAGGAACGACGACGUUUCGUAAUCUCCACUUAGAAUAUCUCCCAGAAGGUGACGUGGCUAAUCACGUCGCCGGAGGAAUCAACGACGACUCACUUCUCCGUAGUUACACGGCGUGUCUGGUCUCUGCUCUGCGCCACGUACACUCGCAAGGAUUCGUUCACUGCGACGUCAAGGCGAGGAACGUCCUCGUCAGCCGGAGCUCCGUGAUCAAGUUAGCGGAUUUCGGGUCGGCGAUCAGAAUCGGAAAACCGACGGCUACGGCUCAGAUCACGCCACGUGGAAGUCCUCUUUGGAUGGCUCCGGAAGUGAUCAGAAGAGAGUAUCAAGGACCGGAGAGUGACGUAUGGUCACUCGGAUGCACGGUCAUCGAGAUGCUCACUGGUAAACCGGCUUGGGAAGAUAUGGGGAUUGACUCGCUGAGUCGAAUCGGUUUCUCCGACGAGUUACCGGUUUUCCCCGUGACGCUGUCGGAAAACGGACGCGAUUUCUUAGACAAGUGUCUGAAGCGAGACCCGAGUCAACGGUGGAGUUGCGAUCAGCUUUUGCAUCAUCCAUAUCUGUCUCACUGUCACGACUCGUCUCGCACUGAGUCAUCUCCGCGUUGCGUACUCGACUGGGUCAACUCGGGGCUCGAGCUAGAAGAAGAGGAGGAAGAAGAGAGAAGCGAGUGGAGAUCCGAAUUAGAAAUCACGGCGAUGGCAAGGAUUUGUAAAUUAGCGAUGACCGGAGGGGCAAAUUGGGAAUUUGAUGAUGGUUGGGUGGAGGUUAGAAGCCACGCUUCGGAAGAGGAAAGGGCAACCAUGGAAUAUUCGGAAUCGACAAGGGUAGCAUCGGAUCCGUACGAUGACGUGGCUGAUGACUUGGCGAGAACGGAUGUUUUUGAGUAUCCGAAUAGACUGCCGGGAAACUGGGAAUCGGCGACGGCGCUGCCAUAUGAUGAAUUCGUGAUGUGA